CGUGAAGUCGUCUCGUGGUAUUUACGUCAUAUCACAGCGACGGAAACGUAAACUGUACGACAGCGGCCUGUGUGUUUUCACUUGAUCGCUGUAAUUUUUUGUCUUCGGUGGAGGAUUUGUGUCCACAGUCCGUCACCAUCAUGAAACUAGUCAGGUUUUUGAUGAAGCUCAGCCAUGAGACUGUUACGAUUGAGCUGAAGAAUGGCACCCAGGUCCAUGGCACCAUCACAGGUGUCGAUGUUAGCAUGAACACCCACCUGAAAGCGGUGAAAAUGACCCCGAAAAACAGGGAGCCCACUCAGCUGGAGUCACUCAGUAUCCGUGGCAACAACAUUCGCUACUUCAUCCUUCCCGACAGCCUCCCACUGGACACCUUGCUGGUUGACAUCGAGCCAAAGAUCAAGUCCAAGAAGAGGGAAGCAGUGGCUGGUCGGGGAAGAGGCAGAGGACGAGGCCGUGGCAGAGGAAGAGGACGAGGCCGAGGCGGUCCAAGGAGAUGAGCAUCAGGCUGUACAGUUGCUUCUCACCUCCCAGUUGUUUGUACAGGAGUUUUUUUUUCUUUUUUUUUAUUCAGAGAAAACAUUUUUUGAAUUUCAGUGUGGUUUUUCUUUCAUUUUUCCUUCUUUUGUACAUUAAAAUGCUUCUCAUGAAGAGGUUAAAACAUGGUUGUGUGUUAUUCCAACAUUGUUGACUGGGUUGUUUUGUUUCCAGUCGAGAUGCUUUUGGUUUUCUUACUGUUUUCAGUAUACGACUUAAUAAAGUAUCUUUGAAUUGAAA